AUGCAGGAAUUCCUGUCUCCAGCGCUCCGCCAACUGCCGCAGCCCGACUCCGAGAAGAGGCGACUGCGCGAGCUGUCCAGGUACUACUGCGCAAUCCCCCGCCCAGCUGGUUUCACUGAAGACCCUGCCGCAACCCCAACCCCCAGGGACGAUGACUCGGAGCCCAAUCUCAAUGCCGCGCGACUCUCGUCCGAUAUUACGCUGACGGCGCUGACCCAGCUCGGUGUAUACAAGUUCGGUUGCAUGCGGUCUUAUGUCUCGCUUAUUGACGGCCAGAAUCAGCAUAUCGUCUCCGAGGCGACUGGGUCCAUCUCUCUACGCGACGGGACCAAACACCAGCCGAAUGAUGGCUUACAUCUGGGAGUCACGACGCUGGACCUGGUGUUUGGGGUUUGUCCCCAUGCCGUCAAGCUGUUCUCCGGCCAUGAUGUACCGCACUUGCAAAAUACAAACAAUGUCACCGCGAACAGCACCCGCUACAUCGUCCGCGACUUUACUCUUGAGGAAUACUUCAAGGACCGACCAUACGUGACGGAAUGGCCGCAUUUUAGAUUCUAUGCAGAAGUCCCGAUCUACAGUCCGUCUGGCCACGUUCUCGGUAGCUAUUGCGUGGUCGACAACAAGCCGCGCAGUGAUUUCAGCGAGGCGGACGUCGCGGCCCUCCAAGAGGUAUCCGAUGCGAUUGCACUACAUCUCGAGAAUGUGCGAACGGUUCACUUCCAUCGGCGGUCCGACCGCCUCGUGAAGGGGUUGAUGGCAUUCAUCAAAGAUCGACCGAACGACGAGACUGCCCCCUUGACAGCUGCGAACCUACGUAACGCUGCUGUAUCGCCUCCGACCCGACAGUCAGAACUGUGGGAGCCAGAUAGUCUUCGCCUUGGAGGACUGUCCCUGACCACUGACCCGACUAGAGAGACUUCACCGUUGUUUUCUAACCGCGACGGAGGGGACACUGAUGCGACAUCGCCGUCUGUUGCGGUCCACAACUCAGCACCAGCGGGAUCACCGCCGCUGAACAAUUUUCUGGAGGCUGAUUCCCCUGGGGAACUGGGAUUCUUUCAUGGCCAGAUGUUUGGGUCUUCGAGUGGAAUGGGUACGCCAUCACUCGCCUCACAGGACAACAUCCCUCUCUCAACCCUCAUUGCCAAUGUCUUCGCCCAUGCCAGCUCGGUAUUGCAGGACUCAAUGGACGUGGACGGUGUUCUAUUUGUCGACGCUUCUUGGUCCAAUUCUGGAAUUGUUCGAUCAAAAACCGACCUGCUGGACUGGGAGCCUCUGCCCAAGAACGCGGACCCGAGACUUCGAAGCGAGUCUCCACAUAUCCCCGUCGUUCUACCUGAAGAAAGCCCCUGCGAUGUUCUCGGCCUGGCGUCUAAUGAGACCGGCCCUCAAUACCCUGUACCCGAUUCACUUCUUCGGCAGUUGAUUGCUGCCCUCCCCCAGGGUGGUGUUCUCCAUCCAGGCGAUGUUUCUCCCGACCCUUCGCUGCUGGAGAACCGACUGGCGAAACAUUUCCCGCAGGCAAAGUCACUGCUAUUUGUCCCUUUGUGGGAUUGGAACAAGGGCCAAUGGCUUGCGGGCACAUUUGUAUGGACGAAGGACAGCGAUCAGGAGCGCUUCCUGGGACUGGACGAACUGCACUACUUCAGAGCCUUUGGCGACUCGAUUAUUUCAAAGAUUGCGCGACUGGAUUGGUCUCAGAAGGAGAAGUCCAAGUUCGAUUUCAUAUCUUCUGUGAGCCACGAGCUUCGCUCACCGUUACAUGGUAUGCUCGCGAAUGCCGAGCUCUUGUCUGCAUCGUCUUUGCGGCCUGAGCAGCGUGAAGCCAUAAAGGCCCUCGAGACCUGUGGUCUUACUCUGCUAGAUACGAUUAACAAUUUGCUGGACUUUACGAAGAUCAACAACCUCACCUCCCUCAACCAGGGCGCCUCGUUCAUCACCGAGCUGGCUAGUACGUUUGAUCUGGAUGUGCUGGUUGAGGAGGUCGUGGACAGUGUGUUUUCCGGAAUGCGCCAUGCUGCUACUCCAUCAACGUCCACGCCGAGCUCUUCCUCCGCGUCCGAGACAUACGCAUUCAAACGCGAUGUUGCCGUCGUCCUCCGAUUUGAGACCCGCGACCAAUGGAAGAUCAACUCCAUGACUGGCGCCUGGCGGCGGAUUGUCAUGAACAUCCUGGGCAACGCGCUCAAAUAUACCGACAUAGGCUUCAUUGAGGUCUCUGCGUCAUUCCUGCCCCCAUCAAGUGACUCAGGGUCAACCGUUGCCCACCUGCGCUUCGUUGAUAGUGGCUGUGGAAUGUCACAGGAGUUCCUAAGGAACAAGCUGUUCUCGCCUUUUGCGCAGGAAGAUGCGCUAUCCGAAGGCACCGGUCUCGGGUUGAGUAUCGUGAAGCAACUUGUAUCCUCCCUGAAUGGCUCCAUCGAUGUGAAGAGUGAACCGGGAGCUGGCACACAGGUGGAUGUGUAUAUUCCUGUUCAGCCUGUGCCAGUAUCUGCCAACGGAUCCGUCGUCACGGUCGUUGAAGGAGCUGCCGAUAUAGAACUGCCAAAUAUGAAGUUCUCCCUGAUUGGCUUUGGGGCGUAUCCUGAACUCUCAGAGGAACCGACCGGCACUUUGAGCCCCGCUGCAAAGCGCAAGAUUUGUUUACAGAGCUUUUUCUCAAACUUGGUUACGGAACAACCUUCUUGGACUGUCUCUCAUGCGGAGUCACUGGAACAGGUGGAUGGUGGUAUCGCGAUCAUCGAAGAAAGUGUGCUGAAACAACUGUACAACGACGAAUAUUUGCGUUGUCAUCAUGAGGAGAAACAAAUUAGAUUUGUUUGUCUUUGCGACGGCUUGCCUUCCGAACAUACAAAUGAGCCUGUUGGCGGAGGAGCGGUGGUUCGGUUAUACCAACCAUUCUCGCCGCGAAAAGUCGUACAGAUUCUCAAAUCAAUUGCGCAAACUGAACCCCGGCCUUCGAUAACUGGGCCUUGCCCCCAAAGUGCACCGGGGCUUUCUGUUACUGGGGACGGCCCAGAAAAUAAUACCAGCCCAAAUGCUGUUGUCUCAGAGCCCAGAGAUGGUUUCACUGUGCUCAUCGUUGACGACAAUGACCUGAAUGUCCAGGUUCUUGCGAAACUCAUGUCCAAACUCGGACAUCAAUAUACCACAGCUACAAAUGGGCUGAUCGCCCUGAAUAAAUAUAAGGAAUCACCGUCGACUCUGAGGGUGAUUCUUAUGGAUGUCUCAAUGCCCGUAAUGGACGGGAUAGAUGCCACGAAGAACAUGCGUUCCUUCGAACACGAACACUCAUUACCCCCCGUCAAAAUAUUCGCUGUGACGGGGAUUGCAUCUACCGCGAUGCAGCAGGAGGCACUGAGAGCUGGAGUUGAUGAGUAUCUCGUCAAACCGCUGUCCCUGCACCAACUCGGGAGACUUAUCAAGGCGCACCUGUAA